UGGAUGUAAAGCUAAUGAAACCAUACCGCAAUACAAAUAUACUUUUCAUAAUAACUUUUUCAAACAUUUGGCAACAAGUCUUGAGUUUACUUCUAAUGGUUCAAGACAUGUUAUGAAUAAAAGACAACGAGAAGAUACAAAUGAAGACGAAGUUAUCAUCAAUAAAGACCAUCAAAGGGUUGAUAUAGUCUGUAAUACUCCACCUUGUAACGAGAAUCCCAUCAUCUUUAGUGAUUAUGCCGCUUAUGAAAAUCAUAUCACUACAAAUCAUACAUUUUUAUGUGAAGCUUGUCAUAAACGAUUUCCAUCUCAAUUGAUCUUAAAUAUCCAUAUUGAUGAGAAUCAUAAUCCUUUUAACAAGAUCAAACAAGAGAAUGGAGAAAAAGUAUUUAAAUGUUUCGCUAUAGGAUGUACUAAACUUUGUCGAACGCCAAAGAAUAGAAGAUUACAUAUGAUUGAAAAACAUAAUUAUCCGAAAGAUUUCAAAUUUAAUAUUAUAAAUAGAGGACUAUAGACAUUCAUCAUGACGGCGUAGAAGUAGUAGGAGUAGCAGUAUUACCAUUUGUA